AUGGAGAGAAACCCCAUGGGCAGGCAGCUUGCAAUCAUGAGGCAAUCCCUGUUUGAUCAGGGAUAUCUUGAUGAACAAUUCAUCCAGUUGGAGGAACUCCAAGAUGAUGCUAACCCGAAUUUUGUGGAAGAAGUUGUCACCUUAUACUACCGCGAUUCAGCCAGAUUAAUUCUUAACAUAGAGCAAGCACUGGAGAGGAAACCUUUUGAUUUUAAUAAGUUGGAUGAUUAUAUGCAUCAGUUCAAGGGAAGCAGUUCAAGCAUUGGAGCCAAAAAGGUGAAAGCUGAGAGCACAUUGUUUAGGGAAUAUUGCAAGUCUGGAAAUGGAGAAGGAUGCACGAGGACUUUCCAACAACUGAAGAAAGAAUAUGCAACACUGAGAAAGAAGCUUGAAGCUUAUUUUCAGAUGGCAAGACAAGCUGGGCCAAUGGAGACAGCAUGUCGCCCCAAAUAAGAAGAGAAA